AAUUCCUCAUAUAGACCUAAAAGAAGCAAACGAAAACGACACAUGAGUACUAACAGCCAAUCAGAAUUCGACAAACAUUUCCCCUGAAACCACCAUGGUUUUCGAUCAAACCACCUUCCUUUUUCUCUUAUAACAUACACCACCAAAAUAGAAUAAACAACUGCUAUCCAAACACCAUUCCUCUUUCGUUCUGCUGCUCAAUUUCAUGGAUCCUUUCCUUUUUUAGUUCGUUUGAUGACACAAUCAAGGGAUUUGGAUUCAACUCUUUGCUUUUUCUCAACGAAAAACAGUAAGUAGAAGAAGAAAAAACGGAACUCAAAAAUGGGGAGAGGGAGAGUGGAAUUGAAGCGGAUCGAGAACAAAAUAAGCAGACAAGUCACGUUCUCGAAGCGAAGAACAGGAUUAUUGAAGAAAGCGCAUGAGAUCUCUGUUCUCUGUGAUGCUCAUGUUGCUCUCAUCGUUUUCUCUUCCAGAGGGAAACUGUUUGAAUACUCUACUCACUCCAGCAUGGAAGCAAUUCUUGAGCGAUACGAAAGAUGCUCAUAUGCAGAGAAGAUUCUCACAGAGCCUGGAAACGAAACAAUAGGAAGCUGGACUCUUGAAUCCUCAAAGCUUAUGGCAAAAAUAGAAGUCCUAGAAAAAAAUAUGAGGCACUAUGUUGGGGAAGGACUAGAGUCCUUAAACCUUAAAGAGCUUCACAGUGUAGAACAACAGAUUGAUACUGCUCUCAAACGAAUUCGAACCAAGAAGAACCAACUCAUGCACGAGUCCAUCUCCCAACUUCACAAAAAGGAGAAGGCACUACAAGACCAAAGGAAUACACUCUACAAGAAGUUGAAUGGGAAAGAGGUGAACACCGAUCCACAACCGCCUCGCAUGGAGGAUCGAGAUCCCGUUCAUUCUCUUGCAGUCGGCGGGGAUCCAUUUCUGGAAACUGAUGUAAGGGAGGAGGGAUACGCCGGAGAUCACCGUAUCUCUGCCACAUCGCUGCCGCCAUGGAUGCUGCGGCAUGUUCAUCAGGUAAAGGGAAGGUAAGAAGUUGGAAGUCGAAAAUGGUUUCAUAGAUGAUAAAGGCAUAAAAAGGAAACAUAGGCCCACGUUGUUUGAUAUUCUGCGAAUAAAAUGUCAGACUUUAUGGAUAUUCAAGCUCAAAAACGACAUUCUAUGUGUAUCAUGUUGGUGUUUUGAUCAAAAGAUGUUCGCGUUUGGAAUUUCUCAUGUAAAAUAACUUAUGCAUAUGUGCAAAAGUGCUUAUUAGUUUUUUCCAGUGUUAAAAAAGAGUUUUAAUACAAAAAUGUUUUGAAUAUGUUUUUGAUAUCAAUAUGUAAUAAGCUG